CCUCUUCCUUACACUGCAGUGCAGCUUCGUACAAGAGCAUUCGUCGCGACUGGACGAGCCAGGAAUGGAUAUUACGCCGCCGAAUAUGCACCGCCAGCAGCGCUCAUGUACCGCCUGAAGUACGACUGCUGGGCUGAAGCCUAUGCCCAAGCACACGUGAGGAGCUGCAGUGGACGCGUAUCAAGUCCCUGGCAGAGACCUGGCUGGAAGGAAAACAUCCACGUUCUCCGAACGACAGCCACCGAUGACUUGGGAGCUAUUCAGAACCGUCAACACCAUUGGGGCAAGCAUCUACCCGAUCGGAGCAGUCUGUAG